CUCAUGCACGCACACACUCGCUGCACAUGCAUGGAGUGGAACUGAUCCACAGGGCUGCACAGUAGUGAGGCAACAGUGUGUGUGAGAGAGAGAGAGAGAGAGAGAGAGAGAGAGAGAGAGAGAGACUGACUCCCUCUUGCAAACUUCAAGAGAGCUGCAGAGUGGAGAAGUUGCAUGAAGCGUGUUGUUCCAACUAAGGACUUUCCUAUCAGACCAUGGAGACCCAGAAGUGGAGGUAGAAGAAGAAGAAGAAGAGAGGAAAGAGAAAGUUUCUCCUGGCUGAGGAGGAGACCAGAGUUUCAUUGAAGGAUUACUGGACUCUUCGUUUAUGUGCACGUCAUGGUGAUCUCCUACAUGAGCGUCUCUCGUUGACAGGAGCUCCUCUGUGUUUUGGAUUUCUCCGGGAUCAAAGUUUGUUUUCCAAGCAGACUGUGUGAAUGAAGUGUGCGGAAGCAGGAAACAUGUCAAACGGACGUCUCAGUCACCUGUUGAGGGGAGUUUGGCUGCUGGGGCUGUUGCAAGCUGUGUUUGUGGCUGGAACAGGAAGUAAACUAUGGGAGGUACCCACGACUUCCUUUACUUCUUCCUCAAACCACAGUGAGAGCCUGCAGUGGGAGCAUGACUGUCAGUACCGCCAUCUACAGGACAGAGUGAGAAUCACUGCAGACAUCCCCCCAAGACUUGAUGGCACAUGGGUGUCAACAAGAUGCGAAGUUCGGCCCGGUCCAGAGUUCCUGACCCGCUCCUACACCUUCCACCCCAGCCGUCACUUCCAGGCCCUGCAGCACUACUACACAGACAGCGGCUGUGAGGACCCGGCGUAUUCCCUGAUGAUCAAGGGGAAGCUCCGUCUACGUCAGGCCUCCUGGAUCACACAAGGGGCCACAGAAGCUGAACACCACCUGAGCAAGGUGGGCAUUGUUGUCCACAGUCUUGCAGCCAAACAGAGGCUGGCCUCCAGGCUACCUCCGGCCUGUUUGGGUACAACUCUGGGUCGCGUGGUGCCAGGGAAGCUGUAUGAGCUGUACAACACACGGGCAGGGAGGGGAUGUCUGGUAGCGCUGGGUUUCUCUAUGCUGGAGAUGGAACUGAUUCGGGUGGAGACGCAGUACCACAGCCAUGGAGGAAAGGUCCAGGAGCUGUUUUUGGGGGAUGUUCACACUGACUGGACCCAGAGGACUCAGUAUAGACCUACAGGAUAUCAACAUCCACUGCAGCAUGUCAUGCAUCAUAUCCACCCCUGCCCUGUGUGUGCCCUGGUGUACCGCUCCUCAGAGCAGCGCCCCCCAGUGUUGCACCGCGGCCCCGCCCUGUCUCUGUCUCUUGAAGGCCACUGGGUCAGCCAGCGCUGUGAAACCCGUCCCAACGUUCUCUUCCUCACCCGGGAAUUCACCUUUAAUCCCGACCAGCACGCCUGGGAGGGCAUCUACCGACAUUACUCCGAUCCCGUCUGCUCUCAGCCAACUUUCACCAUAAAGGCCUCGGGCCACUACGCUCAGGGAAACCCCUCUGUGAAGAUCUCAGGGGCAACUGAGUUUGUCUUUAAGGUCACACAGGUGAAAGUAACAGCUGAAGAGGAGUCCACAGCAAAGUUGUUGAACGGGACACGGCCAGGAAAGUGUGGUCGGGCAGGAGGCUGGGAGGUCGGGUUGGAGCAGGACGUGACCCCAACAGCUGGGUGCAACCUGCUGGGCAUCAAACUGCCACAUAAAGAGUACGAGCUCUUCAAGACCGAGCUGGAUCACAGGAAACACCAACUGCUGUUCACCGGAGAGAGACCUACAGAUGGGUCCAGUCCAGACCGACCGCAGGAGAGGCAAACGUCUUUUCAGGCUCCCAUGAUGCUUUGCAGUAUUGGAGAGACACAUGCCUCACAUGGAUUUAACAGCAUGCAGGUUCAGUUAGCAGCCAGUGGCACGGACAGACCAGUGCAGUUUCUGCUACUGAUGCUGGGAUGUAUGCUGUUCAGCUGGUUGUGUUGUUUUUAGAGACAAAGCGCAGAAAACAAGUCUGCUGCACAGCUGAAGUCAUUGAUGGACAUAGUUUCCUGGCAGCUGUCUUUCACUCUUCUUCCAUUUGAUGUUGACCACAUGUGUGAUGGUCAAAUAAAAUCAUGAGACAGACAGGAGAGCUGGAUCAUGUUUGGAAAUCUGGCUGUCAGAUGCUGCCUGUAGCUUCACUUUACUGACUUUUAACUUCAACUGCAUUUCUACCUAAAACUAAUUUGCAUAUAAACCAACAAUUUAUACAAGAGUCGUCAUUUCAGCAUGUACAAAUAUAUUAUUUCAAACCCUGUUUCUUUUAUAUAAUGGUCAGAUGUUCUCAUUUAACAGAUUCAUUGCUUUGGCAGACUUCUGGGCUCGGUUACUUUCUCAUCAAGAUUGAGAGCUGUGGACAUUCCAGCGUACGUCACUUCAGAGCUAAUUUUUAACCAUGAUGCAGUAUAACUAAUGCACUUUGUACAGAAUAUUGACUCCUAAUAAACUGGAAGAAAGAUGGAGAGUACAAAACUUUGUAUCAUGUCUUCUAAUAGCUGACAUCUUCAUUGGUCUGAUGCCACUGUGGUGAAAUGUUGCCUUAUCUCUAUCCUCUGUGAAAUGUUUAAGAUUUUCUAUCAGCUGUCAAUCCAAACAAAUAAAAUGAAUAUUUAUUUUAACCAUU